AUGCAAUCGCAUAAUCAACACUUGGCCGUCGCGCUAAAGUCGCAGAAGAGGAAGAAAGUUAAGUCCAAUCGGACGCUCGCACCUAGAGACAAUUGGUCCACGAUAUUCUGCAGCAAAACGCGCGACGAGUCCAAUGAUAUCGAGAAGAGACUGUCCCGAUUUGGUGAAUGUUCCACGAUUAUCGACGAGAACGAUUCCAAUGUCAUUGCCUGCGAUAUCGCCGAACUCUUCGAGAACAGUGACUGCAGCAAUGAAGAAAGGACGGCUUGUCCACGGAUUUCCAGCUCGACGGAGCUGGAAGAGGACGAGAUCGACGUGUGCACCACGUGCAAGGAUUGCGUGGAAUGUCAACUGCUGCAGGAGCAGGGUAGCGUCGCCACUGCCGCGAAGAUACGCAAGACUAAAGAGGAUCUGAUGAGUGACCAAGACGAAGAACUGACGGAACAUCUGGAUUAUUAUGAUAGUGACAUCAGCGGUGCAGAGACGGCCUCCACGUCGAGUACAGUCGCCUCGAUGGAGCAUAAAGUAACACCAAUUCUCGUGGAUCUAACCAGCGAGGAGCAAGCAACCCCUAAGCAAACUACCUGGAAACAGACAAUCCUAAAACGAUUCACCAAAGCUGAAGAAAGCUCGGAGAUGUCGGAACCUCGCAUCAUGAUAGCAGACAGUUCCAGCAGAUUGCAGCAACGCGGUGGUACGGGCAGCAGUUUGGCGACUGCCUUAAGGGAUCGUGGUCCUUGCGUGAUCCCUGUACAGCCUAAUCGUUCCCUGCCGAUUCGACCAGCGCCGCCGGCACCGACGAGAUCAGCGUCAAUAGUAACGUUGCGGAAAACGCUACGUUCGCCAAUUCUCAAGCUGCCGAAAUCCUCGAGCCUGGACGUGAUCGAGUUGCAAUCAAACGCAUCUCCGAGCAGCUCGUUGACGAGCAAGUUGAACGAACUUUCUUUCGGGCAACAGGAUGGGAACGGAAACGGAAUGAUGCUUACGAGCGAGUUCAUUGAUCGCUCGGACUACAUUCUUCCAGACAUGACUAAUGUCAUGCAGAUUACGAAAGAGGUCAACAGUAUUAAAAGAAAAAACAGCGAAGAUCGGGGCAAGGAGUACGAGAAAGAAAUUACCAAGGAUGUGAAGAAGCAGAGAAAAUCCCACGAAGUCGACACCGGCCAUGUACGUGACGAACACGUCAAAAAUAUUUUAAAAGAGUACUCCAGAACUUCUUGCGGUAAUUUGGCCGAUAAAGGGGAAAGAAAAUUGCAUCAACAUGUAGUAGUGAGGCUAUGGGAUUCUCGUCCUGGGAUACCCGACAAAAGAUAUUCGUCACCGGUGGAGGUGUCGACGACGGAGCCGGAGACAGAAAAGAAGGAAAUCUGCAACAAAGUCGUACCGCCUUUAAGACUGAAGAAGAUUGUACGUGAAGAAAUUCCUCUACCACAAGCGAGCACCAUUAACGAAUAUCGACGUAAUAUCGAGGUGAAUGCCGGGAUGGGAAGCGAGUCCAACUAUCGUAUUGUCACCGGCGCCACGCCACGUCCGGAAUCCCCGUCCGGAUACUCUCCUACCUCUUUCUGGAGCAGCGAAGCCUCGGAGAACGAGUUCGAAUCGUCGGACAACACGCGGGACAGGAGUAGGCGAUCUUCGCCAAAGAGCGACGGCUACAAGAUCAAGUACCGUCGCAAUCGGUUGCGCCAGAAAUUGCGGGAACUUCGCGGUAAGGCACUGGAGCUCUCGCGGGAGAUGACAGCGUGCAAUAACGCCGCCGACACGAGCCCGCAGCGCAACACCCGGCUGCGGCAGAUGAUGAAUUGCUACGAGAAGCAAAUCGAGAACAUCUCGAAGCUGCUGUGCAAGUUGUCCGCCUCCAUUCCGCCGACAACCGACGACAUCAUCGUCGAUCUUGACUAUGAGAACGAGUUGAAUGAGCGCGCGUCAGCUGAGAAAACUGCUAUGAAUGGGAUAUCCAGAAGCAGCGUUUCUCCGUCUCCUUCACCGGAACCACCGCAAUUGUCGCCGCGUUCUCCCAUCGACUAUGAAAAAGGUAAAUCGCCCGAUGCGGUGAGUGACAGUCCGCCGAUACUACCCAGAGUUUACAUAGCAAUCCAACCGACUACUCUCGAAUGUCUGAAGCAAAAUCUAGUCGUCACCAAAAGCUGGCAUAAAGGUGAUAGCUCACCGAGCUCGCCAAUCGAGAAAGAAGUCAAGGUGAACGAUACGAAUCAAAUAAUACGCGACGACGUAACAACGCUAGCUAUAUCUCCGGUUUCAUCGACUGAAUUUGAAGAUCCGAGAAACAGCACAGUGGAGUGGAACGAAGAAGAACCUUUGUCGAAAAUGAAGAAUUCAGAAAUCGAGGAAAAAAUUCCAGAGGACACUAAAACGUUUGGCGACAUUGAGGAACAUCGACAAACAACACCGACGAUACCUUCGGACAACUUUCUGAGUCCAACAAUGGACCUCGAGAUAGAUGCAAGCGAUAUGAGAGACACGAAAGAAAGACCUGUCGCUCAACGUCAUCUCGACGAAAUAACACAGGUUUCGGAAACGGACGAAAACAAACAAGUCACUUGCGAGAAACAGGAGCUGGAACAGAAAUCGAAUGAAGCUUUACCGUCUAGUCCAUCGAUCAUGGAGGAUACUAAGAAAACUACUAAGGAAUAUGGAACUUACUCGGAAGAGAGGAUCAACGUCAAGAAUAAAGUAGUAACGAGCACAUUUACAGCUGCACAGGAAGAGAUGGUCAGACAAGUACCAACCGCCAAUGUGACUAAUAUCUUGCAACUACAGUCGAAUUAUUACGGCUCGUCUGUCGCGCGCGAGAAUGUCGUCUUCGCAGACGUCAUCCAAAAUUCGAGGGACGUGCAGAAGGUAACAUCAAGCAUGAGUCAAUCUUCUGCCUUGGAUCCACCAAUACCCUUGAGUUUUGCUCAACCUAGAUCUACUGUUAGCAGCUCAAAUCAACAAUGUAUCGUUCUGCCUAAUAGCUGCAACAGAACCACUCAGGAGAAUACCAAUCAGCGAAAUGACGGAAAUCGCAUUAUGACAGAGCAAUUUCCCACUCUGGGCAAUUGGGUAGCUCGAAUGUCGAAGAAACAAGCUAAAUCGAAAUCUAAAUUACAAUCUGGAAUAAGCUUACCAACCGCAUCAACGGCGGAGGUCGCUCGCGUUCCUGGACUGGAGGCGCAAAAAAUUCGCUCAAAUGCACCAAAUACGACUCGAAACAAUAUAGUCAACGUAGCGCCACAAUGGAAUACAGAAAGGUGGCAGCGUCAUCAGCAACGUCAGCAACAAUUGUACGCAUCAUCGGUCAUACCUCCAGUGAGACCGAGCAUCUGUCCACCUAUCUCAGUUACCCAGUUCUAUCCACCAAAUUAUGCGAUCGAUCCUUACGGUGCGGCUUUUGGCUAUCACUCAGCGGUAUGUCCUUACGGCGAUUAUCCCUGUCAUUCACGUCUGCACGCUACCGCACCGCCGAUAAGCGGCUACCAGUUAGGUCCUUUGCAAGAUUCGCAUGCAGCUUCGCUCCGUCAGAUGCAGCAUCUCGACAAACGUUAUCCUACUCAUCUGCAAGAUGCAGCGUCUCGUCACUUUACCGCAGAUCUCCUCAAAUAUUCUGGAACUUUAUCCGCGGGCGGUUAUCAGCCGGCAGCUGCCGCUGCUGCCGGCUUGGACUACGACCGUUUGAGGACGGCGACCGCUGCUACGCAAAACGGUACUACGUCGACUUGUCUACCACCCCUGCUAUUACCGCCACCUCCACCAUUAGCAGCCUCCGCGCAGCAAUCUUUGGCACGCACUUCCUUGGCUGGCUACCCCGCGAGCAAUGGCCAAUGCGGCAGGAAUAGGAUGAUCCCGGAUGUCGUUGCUGCAGCAGCAGCUGCUGCGGUGGUCGCGGCAGCUUCCUUUGGUCGACAGCGUGGUACGCUAUCAUCCUACGGAAGAGCUGACACAGAAAUAGUAUCUGGAGGAAUCGGCGGUGUCAUGGAUAAUGAAUCUUCGCAGUUGAUGGCGAACAGAGUGGCAAAUCGCGAACGUUUACCACAAGAACAAGUGCAACCAGUCGGUGGGGUCAAUGUAGACUCACGAUUGAAUAAUGGCGGUUACCGUCAAUUGCAAAAUUUAAUACUGGAUAGAUUACCUUAUGUGAAAGCGGAUGAUACUUAUUCUCAAUCGUCUACAGCGAUUUAUGACGACAACGCGCAGGAGCCGACAGUAGCAUCCUCGGUGCCCAAGUCAACAUACAAAUCCGCUACAAUAUUAGCAUCUAGUAACGCGUUGGCCGCCAAGGAACCCAUGCGGAAAGAGAAACGUAACUGCGAAACACCGCAUCUAGGUAAGGUGAAUCGUACUCUGGAAACCACGAGCAAUCUAGAGUGCUCUAACUGUGGCCUCACCGGAUCCAUGUUCAAGUGCCUAGGCUGUGAGACAGCCUUCUACUGUGACGAAAGAUGCCAAACUCGUCACUGGAGUAUCCAUGUAGAGAAAUGUCCUAAGAGGAUGCCUAAGUUAAAAAAACUUGUUUGAAAAUGAUUAUAGAAACUAUAAAGUGAUCGAUAAACAAAUUAAUGUCUGUAAAAAUAUUAACGAGUUUGUUCAAUAACUAAAACAGAAA